AGCGGCGGGGCGGGGGAGGAGGCGUUGGCGCUGCCACGUCUUGGUGGGGGCGGCGGCGGCGACGGGCCACUGUGGCGCGGGAGGUGCCGGAGGUGGGGUUGGCGCCGAAGCAGGAUCCGGAUGGUCUGCUGUAGAGGCUGGUGAACCCAACUGUUGGAAUUGUGUCCAAAGAAUAGUCAACAGAAUGAAAACCUGAAGUGAUCCUAGUAAAAUUGAAUUUGGUGUAUGGUUUUUGUUAUAUCACUGUGGCAAUCUGCAAAACUUUUUCCUUCUGGAUUUUCUGAAAUGUAACCUCCAGAUCUUACUGCAAAGAUGAUACCUGAUGAAACACCUAUGUUUGACCCAAGUCUACUCCAAGAAGUGGACUGGAGCCUGAAUACAGCUACAUUUUCUCCAGCCAUUUCCCCAACAAAUCCUGGAGAAGGUUUGGUUUUGAGGCCUCUUUGUACUGCUGAUUUAAAUAGAGGUUUUAUUAAGGUACUAGGUCAGCUGACAGAGACUGGAGUUGUCAAUCCUGAACAAUUUAUGAAAUCUUUUGAGCACAUGAAGAAAUCUGGGGAUUAUUAUGUUACAGUGGUGGAAGAUGUGACUUUAGGACAGAUUGUUGCUACAGCAACUCUGAUAAUAGAACAUAAAUUCACCCAUUCCUGUGCUAAGAGAGGAAGAGUAGAAGAUGUUGUCGUUAGUGAUGAAUGCAGAGGAAAGCAGCUUGGCAAAUUGUUAUUAUCAACCCUUACUUUGCUAAGCAAGAAACUGAACUGUUAUAAGAUUACCCUUGAAUGUCUACCACAAAAUUCUGGUUUCUAUAAAAAGUUUGGAUAUACAGUAUCUGAAGAAAACUACAUGUGUCAAAGGUUUCUAAAGUAAAAAUCUUUUAAGAAAGACAUUUGUCAAGGGAGCUAAUGCCACAAGGUUGUAUAUCCUUCCUCAAGUUAAAAUAGUUUGCUACAAACCAGAGACCUCCACAAAUAGUGGGUUGAAAAACAUUGUAGUACCACAAAUAUGACAUUUAGAAGAUUACUUUGGGCUGGUGGGACAUGCUGUGAGUUUAGAUUACAAAUGAAUAUUAUAGAGGAUGAUUUUUAUUCAGAGGAAUAUAUUUUUAACUUGGAUCUUUUCUUGCAUUGUAUUUUUCUAAAAUUUGGCUUUAUUUCUUGGUAGACUAUAGGAGUUAUGUAUUUGCUAUCUGUGUACUGCUCAUUUUAAGAAAUACAUACAAUGAAUAAGGCUGUUUAUCACAUUCUUAAAAUUAAUAUUUUUGGUUCAAAGAAACAUUUAAAUAUGAAUUAAUGUAUGCCAUUUCCCAUGUAUUACUUGAAUUGGAUACAUUAGACAUAACUAAAUGUAACAUGUAACUAAAUGUACAUGUGUUGAUCCUAAUGCUGUAUUGACAAAUAACCUGGCCAGUCUUUUAAAAUAGAAAUGAAAAUUAACUUAUGUGAUAAGAUUCAAAAUAAAACAAUGUAAAUGUACAUCUAAAUGUUUAUAUAAUUCAAAUGUAGGCAAAGUGCCACCUGUGUUAUGUGUAAAAUAUGAUUUUUAUUUAAAGUACCUAAAAGCAAAUAUAAGGUACUUUAAAACAAUGAAUUAGCAAAUUCUGGCAUAUAAUAGAACUAUUAUUCUGGUCACUAUCCUGUUUUGAUUUUUUUUUUAAGUUGAAGUAGACAUAUUAGAUAUGUCAUUAAUAGUUCUAAUCUUUUGCAUUCCAUGUUAUAUUAAACCUGUUCAUAUGAUUAAUAGUC